CAGGCUACCUCUGAAAGAUACUUUCAACACCACGAAUCCCCACAACACUUGAAAUUUGUUACUGUUCCGGCUCCGCUGUCUAAAUUCUCGUGCGUAGACCUCGUCAUGUUCGCCAACGCGCUGCCCAUCCGUGCCAAAAUCCUCCGUGAAAUGUCCUACUUGAGACGGAGCCUGCUCGACAGCACGCUCAGGCGCCGGAUAAUCCCUAUGGCUGGGUGGAGCAGCAACAGCACCGACGAUUGGGAGCCGAUUCCGUGCCAUUAUCGUGUGACCAAUAACCCUGUGUGUCGUCCCGUUGCCGUGAGCCGACCCAAGUACUUUCGGCGGCCGGAGAACUGCAGGACGGACGAGGAGCUGGCCGAAGAGCCACGUAGCUCUCUGGGAGUGUAUUCGCGGUGCAACAUUCCGUACAGACCCCAGACCAAGUGCAUGAGCUCGUGCGGGGAGCGCAUCGACAAGACCAUGUACCGGCCGAGUCGUAGCCUGCACCGCGUCUACCAGCAGCACUGGGUGGAGGAGAAACGCUACCGGAAACCGCGACGCAGAUGCCGUAUCGUUCCGGCGGAAGUAUCGAUGCGGCUUCCAGGGAAGAAGUGCGACGAACUGCCCAAGAAGGUUUGCCACGUCUACGCUCGCAUCAAAUGCCCGAAGCUGGCUGACUUCAUACACCGAAGGUGUCCGAGGGUGAGGAUGUGCCACUGUAAGCCCGUGGCCGGCAACACCAGCUGCCUUCGCGGCCCCAAGCACAGCAAACGCCAGCGUCGCCGCACCCAGUAUCCCAGUUACUCCGAGUGCUUCUCCGAGACGAAUGCAGCGAGGCCCUGUGAGUGUCGCUGCUUGGCGGUCCCACCACUCUGCGAUAUGUUCAGCUUCGCCAGGGACCAGCGACGACCUCAGAACAACAUUUAAGGGACAGGACAUCACUCAGAAGCGAACCAAGUAUGCCUCGCCGAACAGCUCCUAGGCCUCGAUUGGGGAUGGGGAUCCGGCUCCGGCUCCUGCUCAGUCCGAUCGUGUCGUUUGGGUCGUGAACACCUAACAAAUUAUCGUGUUCGUUUGUUCCGUAGUCGGCUUCUUUUGGCUUCCGUUCGAAAUUCCUGUUUGUGAUGAAACUUCUCCGAGGCCUUGUGGGUCGGCUGGUGGCCAUGCCCCAGUGCACGGUGUCCGUACUGAGUAGGUCGCUUACCACCGAACAGAA